AGAAAAACACUACAGGAGAAACUAAUGAAACAAAUGCAGAUACUGGAGAAAUUGAUGUGAAAACUGCCACUUCAAAUAACCUUGACUUAGUCACCGAGGACAAUGUAACAAAUGAUAUUACUGAAACUAAUGUUCCUAAUUCAGAUGAUGCUGUACUUGACGCUAUGAUAGAUGCUAUUGUUGACGUUAAUAAUGUGAAUACAAAGCAUUCCGAAUCUUCCGCAGAUUUAGAAAAACUAUUACCAAAUGAUUCACCAAAUGACUCAUCUAAUGAUUCAUCAAAUAAUUCACAAAAUGAUUCAAAUAAUUUGUCAAAUGACUCAUCACAUGAUUCAUCAAACCAACUGCCGAACACGUUAUCAAACUCUAAUUAUACUUCAGGAACAGUUACCUCUACUAAUGAGAAACCAUUAUCUUUAGCUACUUCUUCAACAGCUCAAUUACAUCAUCCUCCAUCAUCACCAACAGCAGAUUCCACCCUUGAUAAUUCUUCACAACCAAAUGUGCCUUUAGAAUCAGACUCGACAUCUUUUCCACAUUCACAUGUUGCUCGAUCAAUUCCUCCCACACCUACGACACCAUAUUUUCCAGCUACGGAAGGGUCCACAAAUUUACCAGAAUUUCCAUCAGAACCUAUAUCUGGAAUGCCAUAUCAAUCGCGAUUAUGCAUGUUAUAUCCAUUUACAUUGUAUGACGCAUUACAACAUGCAACUUUUAACACUUCCUUAUACGCUAGUUCUCGUCGAGCAAUGCAAAUAUUACAAGCUAGUCGUACUUAUUUUGCUCAUGAAUUGCUUGGGCGAUUGCAAACCAUGGAAAAUUUUUCAGAUGUUAAUGAACAAAAUAUUGAAGAUUUCUUUUUUGAACCGGAUGAACUUCCUAAAGUUCCUGAAGAAACAAAAAAAAUCAAACAAUGCCUUGAUAUCGUUCGUGAUGAAAUUAGCACUUUAAGGCAACAAUGGAAUUCAGCGUCUUGGGUAAUGACAGCUAUUGAAUGGGAUCGUCAAAGAACAAUGAAAUCUUAUAAUUUUGGUAGUCGAUCAUUAUCACACAAUUUUUCUAGAAAAUCUUUACUUUCGAAUCGUUCUACUUCAAUUCGUAGUUCUAAUAGAGAAAGUGAUAAUUCAAGUAUGGUAAAAGGAAAGGGAUCUGAUACCGCAUCUCAAAUUGAAACUCUUCGAGAUACUAUGUACCAUGCACCUGAUCGUGCAUGGAAUAAUAUUCGCCUUCUAGGGGUUAAUCUACCAACGUCCGAUAUUAAUGAUUUUGUAUUUGUAAAAAAUAAACAAUCUAAUAGUAAGCAAAAGAAGCAACCUAAUAAGAAAACAUCCAAAUCUCAAAAGAUGGCAGCCAGCAAACCUAUUCCACCUAUUCUAGCAUCAUAUUUAUCAACAUUACCGUCCGUCUCUUCGAAAAAUCGGUCAUCAACAUCAUCAUCU